UCCGCGCGCUGCCUCUGCUCGCGCAGGUUGCGGCCUCUGCGGAGCCCGGCCUGCGCUCGCUUCCUCGGCCCCAGCCUCCGCCCCGGCGAAGCGCUCUCCCCGGCCGCCCCAUGUCGGCCGCCCCCGCCUACGGCGAGGACAAGGGCGGCUCCGCCGGCCCCGGGGAGCCCGAGUACGGCCACGACCCGGCGAGCGGCGGCAUCUUCUCCUCCGACUACAAGCGGCAUGACGACCUGAAGGAGAUGCUAGACACCAACAAGGAUUCCCUCAAGCUGGAGGCCAUGAAGAGGAUUGUGGCCAUGAUCGCCCGGGGAAAGAAUGCCUCAGACCUGUUUCCUGCUGUGGUGAAGAACGUGGCCUGCAAGAACAUAGAGGUGAAGAAGCUUGUCUACGUGUACCUGGUGCGCUACGCCGAAGAGCAACAGGACCUGGCCCUGCUGUCCAUCUCCACCUUCCAACGGGGCCUCAAGGUCAGAGGUCGCAGUUUGCCUCCCUGGCGCCCGGGGCUUGUGGACGCUGGCUUGGAGCCGCAGGCCCAGGGAGAGGCCGGUGCCUGGGGGAACAGCCUGGAGGCCCGUUCCUACCUGCCUAGCGUGGGGAGGGUCCGCAUCAGAGAAGAGCACCAGCGGGACCCUCAGAGGGUGGAGGCCAGCUCAGAAGGGGCAUGA